AUGUAUGGCAAAGAGAUAAUAAUGCUGCUUCAUCAGGGAAGCUGCUUGAUUAUCCUCUCUAUCAUUUUCUCGCUAUGCUCUCUCAUGCUAAAAUCUGAAGGAGCAAACCAUAUAGUUGGCGACAGCUCUGGCUGGGAACUUCUUGCAAAUUUUACCAGCUGGACACAGGGAAGAGAGUUUCAUGUCGGCGAUGUCUUAGUUUUCAACUACAACAGAGACCAGCACAACGUUAUGCAGGUUAACUCUACGGCAUACGCAGAUUGUGGAAGAGACAACUACAUCUCUCUCUUCACCAAAGGCAAUGACUCAAUAGUCAUAUCAGAGGUUGGAGAGCACUGGUUCAUCUGUGCAGUGGACGAUCACUGUGAGAAUGGCCAGAAGCUAAGUAUUGAUGUAGUUCCUUGA